AUGGGUCGCACCGUCGACCAGGAGGUGCACGCGGCGUUCGUCGAGUUCCGCGCCAAGGAAGAUGAUAAGGUGCGUGACUUGUGUAUUUCUGCCUCUCCGUGCAGUGUAUCUAUUGUCAACAAAUCCGUGCAAAGAACACCUCCCGACAGAAGCAACACUUGCUUGAGUGUCCUGGCCUACGCGGUCAUCCCAACGCCCCCCCAGCCUACUCAGCCCACUCAGACCCCCAACGGCCUUCCUACCAAUGGAUACCCCGGCACUCCGAACGGCCCCCCAGCCGCACCACCUGGCCCAACAGGCCCGACGGCCAUUCCCACUCCAAAUGGCACCAUGAUCACCAACGGCGUUAAUCCUCAUGCGACUCCUAUGCAGACCCCUCUGCAGAACCUGAACCGCCCGCCCAUGCCGACCCCAGGUCCACCCCCGGGACCCCCGGGUUCUGCGCCCCCAUCCGCUACACCGUCGCGUCCCACCCCCAAGCCCAAGCCCAAGUCUGCUAAUUCAAACCUGCCUGCGCCGCCGCUGGACGACGUGCACGCGGCCUUUGUCGAAUUCCGCGCCAAGGAGGAAGACAAGUGUUUGUCUGUACAGUGCAUCUACUGUCAACAAGUUCGCGCCAAGAACACAAGUCGCCAGCGCCAACACUUGUUAGAAUGCCCAACCUACCUCAGCGUCAUGAAGGACUCGAUCCCAGCCAACAACCUGCUACACACAUUCCCCGAAGGCGAUGUCGCGCGAUCAUUGCAGAUCCCGGCUCCAUCUCUGGAGCUAGAUUUCCGCAUGAGCAUCAAGAUGAACCCCAAGGUUGGCGUUGGGGCCAGUAUCUGGGGUCACCGCGAAUGGGUCUCGUACCUCGGUGGUCAGUGGGCUGGUCGAUGGGGCAAGGGAAUUGUCCUGCCCGGUGGACAGGAUACUCAAAUCGUGACUAAGGAUUCCACAACCAGUAUCCGCGCGAACUACCUCCUUCAGACCGCCGACGAGCCCCCAGCUUUCAUCAUAAUCAAGGCGGACGGCUGGCUCACCGGCGCCAAGGACGUUUUGGAAAAGGUCAACGACUCUGCGAUGGCUGACGGGAUCAACCCGGGAAGCUAUAAAUACCGUCUCAACCUUGGCAUGGAGACUGGUGAUGAACGAUACACCUUUUUGAAUACCCUGAUGUGGAUCGGCAGUGGUUGCCGCCGCGGCCAAGAAGUCAUCUUCGAUGCAUUCCGUGUCAACUAA